AUGAUAUCAACAGCAUCGUCUCACUCUUGUGUAUCAUCAUAUGCAGCAUAUACAUCAAGUUCAAAGAGUAAAAUUCGUGAAACUAGAACACCAUCAAAACAACCAUCGGUACUUAUUUUUGAACAAUCAUCUUUAUCUAAAACAUGCUUAGUCGUGAAUUCUCAAAGACAUCGUGAUCGAUCAGUUGCUUCAUUAGAGACUCGUACAAUGCCAACAAGUAAAGAUCUGACGAAAUCUCAUUCAACAAAAAGUCUUACUCUUCCUACUACAACUAUGCAACAACCAAAAUCGAGAACACUUGAUCAUGUAACAAUAUCUCAUAUAACUCGAUGUCCAUCGAACUUAGCAGCAUCGUCGAAUAGACAACUAUCAUCACGAACAAAAGCAAAUCAAACAAAAGAGAAUCUUGAAAAGAAACAAUAUUCUCAUUCGACAAAUGAUUUACGAACAUGCAUAUUAAAUGGUAAUAAUAAUAUUUAUACUAAUAAUGAUAACAAUCUAACCGAGAUUAAAGUGAAACAAAGUCUAUCAAUACCAGAUUUGAGGAAAAUGCAACAAGAACCGGAAGUUUCAUCACCAUCUGUAGCCGAACCAUUAAUCAACGAUCCGAAGCAAGAUGAUCCAAUUACACAUGAUGAUCGUAUGCUUACUGUUAAUCAUCUUGUUCAUGACCUUCAUCAAUGCCUUAAUGAGUUGGAGAAUCUUUAUGCAUCGGUUGCACAAAGCUCAGAUAUACGAGAUACGAUGUUAAAGCAAAAUAUUGAACAAAUUUAUUUUGAUCUUCAUAUACGCAUUACGAAUAAUCAACAACAACAGCAAAAGCAGGCGUGUGCUAUUGUGCUGGCUGAUUUUCAACAGCAGGCUCUUCUUCAACACAACUAUUAUCGUCAACUUCAUUGCAUUGAUGCGAUGGUACUUAAUUCAACAAUAAGCAAAAUUGCUCAGACCUAUGCCAAUUAUUUAGCAGCAAACAAUCUAUUUCAGCAUAGUGGUACCUCAGGAUUGGGCGAAAAUCUUUGGGCAAUAUGGUCAUCGGGAGCAAUUCGAUCUGUCAACGGUUCCUCGCCAACAAACAGUUGGUAUAGUGAAAUCAGUUCAUAUAACUUUGGUUCACCAGGAUUUUCAUCAUCGACUGGUCAUUUCACACAAGUAAUUUGGAAAGGAUCAAAACAAUUAGGAAUCGGUAUCGCUUUCACAAGUGAUAAUCGAACCGCUUAUGUUGUGGCUAAUUAUUAUCCUCCAGGAAAUUUAAAGUUAAAUUAUUCAUAA